AUGGGUGCAUGCACUGUUGCUAAAAUUGUUCACGAGACUUGUCUAGUUAUUUGGGAAGAACUCGUAAAUGAAUUUAUGCCAGUUCCUACAAAAGAACAUUGGGAAAAAGUUAGUGUAGAUUACAAUGACAAAUGGGGCUUUCCAAAUUGCAUUGGCUCUAUAGAUGGCAAACACUGUCAGAUUAAAUGUCCCAAAAAUUCAGGAUCAAGUCACUUCAACUACUUAAAAUAUUUUUCACUAGUUUUACAAGGAGUUGCUGAUGCGGAUAAAAAAUUUAUAAUAAUUGAUGUUGGUGCCAGAGGUAAACAGAGCGAUGGUGGAACUUUUGCAUCUUCUAAACUUUGUAAUUUAAUAAGCAAUAAUAAUUUGAAUGUACCACCAGAAAAACAUUUACCUGGUACAAAUAUUAAAGUACCCUAUGUUUUGAUCGGAGACGAAGCUUAUCCAUUAAAGCCGUACUUAAUGCGCCCAUUUCCAUCUCGAGUACUAAAUCCAGCACGGGAAUAUUUCAACGAAAGAUUAUCAAGUGCAAGAUUAUGCAAGUGCAUUGAAUGUACUUUUGGAAUUCUACGCGCAAAAUGGAGAUUACUAGGGAAGGACAUAGAAGUGAGCCCAAAAAAAGCAGUAGUAAUUAUUAAAUGCAAGUGUUUAUUGCAUAACAUUAUCAGAGAGAAAGACGGCAAUAGUGAUGUCGAUUACUGCAAUGUUAUGAUAGAUCAACGAAACAAUUGGGAAAAUGAAGGUAUGGAUCAUCCAGCCCGAGGUGCAAAUUCACUUCAAAGAGCGAAAGAAAUAAGAAAUGUAUAUGUAGAUUAUUUUUUAAAUAACCCAUAA